AUGGAGACCGAAACCGAGGCACCCUCAGAGGACGAGGGCGAGUCAAUGCAGAUUGACGAGGCUCCACUUUCGCAAGACUGGCGGGACCACUUGAGAACAACCCCGAGUCGAGCCACGGGGUUCAGCCCGUUCUUCCUAGUCUAUGGCGCCGAGAGCGUCCUCCUCACGGACUUGGAGUACGGGUCGCCGAGGCUCAAAGCCUACCAAGAGCACCAGAACCAGUGGGCCCGCGAGGACUCGCUAGAUCAGGUGGACGAGGCCCGUGAUGUGGCGGUUCUACACUCGGCACGCUACCUGCAGUCGCUGCGACAAUACCAAGCGCAGAGGGUUCGACGUCGAGACCUCAACAAGGGAGACCUCGUGCUUAGGCUUCGGCAGGACAACCGAGGGUGCCACAAGCUCACACCGCCGUGGGAAGGCCCGUACAUCAUCGCGGAAGUCCUAAAGCCCGUCACCUACAAGCUUGCUGUUGGUGCUCCUUAA